GUCCAUAAUCUCGGAACCCUACAUUAAACCUUUGGAGUCGAGAUGGCUGAAGAACAGAAGAAGGUGAAAAAGCCAAAGCGGCACACCAGCCGAAAUCCCUGGUUGGCAAGAGGCAUUGGGAAGUACUCCCGCUCUGCCAUGUAUGCCAGGAGGGCAAUGUACAAACGCAAAUACAAGGCUCCUGAAACCAAGAUUGAAAAGAAACUGAAGGAAAAGGCGCCCGCCACAGUCAGCAAACCUGUUGGUGGAGACAAAAAUGGAGGCACCCGUGUGGUUAAACUCCGCAAAAUGCCACGUUAUUACCCAACCGAGGAUUUGCCGCGCAAGAAGAUCAGCCACGGUAACAAACCCUUCAGCAAACACAAGAGGCGUCUGCGAACGUCCAUCACCCCGGGGACCGUCCUCAUCAUGUUGACUGGCCGCCACAGGUGCAAGCGUGCGGUUUUCCUGCAGCAGCUCGGCACUGGCCUGUUGCUGGUCUCGGGUCCUCUGACUCUCAACCGUGUGCCACUGCGCAGAGUGCACCAGAAGUUUGUCAUCGCCACAUCCACAAAGAUCGACAUCUCAGGGGUGAAGAUCCCCAAACACCUGACAGACGCCUACUUCAAGAAGAAGAAGCUGCGCAAACCCAAGCAUCAGGAGGGCGAGAUCUUCGAGACCGAGAAAGAGAAAUACCAGCUGACAGAAGAGCGGAAGAAAGACCAGAAAGCGGUGGAUUCCCAGCUCCUGCCCAUCAUUAGGAAGACGCCGGAGCUUCGCGGCUACCUCCGCAGCACGUUCUGCCUGUCCAACGGAGUUUUCCCACAUAAACUGGUUUUCUAAACGAGGUGUAAAAAGCUCUUAUUAAAACCAAAAUGG